UUAUAAAGAAAGUCGGCAUCGUAGAGAAACCUAGGGAGGACUUGAAGGCUCACAGAAUGCACCUUGUUUCAGUCAUGCGGUGGUGUGUGUGGGCCGUGUUGUUGUGGCCCGACCUGUUGACCUCCGGCCUCCCGCUGGACUGCAGGCAGGAGCAGGACGGCAUCCCCCGCUGCCCUUCCAUCUCCCAGGAGAAACUUCUGGACCGAGUCAUCCAGCACGCUGAGCUCAUCUACCGCGUCUCCGAAGAGUCGUGCUCUUUGUAUGAGGAGACGUUUAUCCCGCUGCCCUUGCAGUUCCAGAGGAACCAAGCGGGCUACUCGUGCAUCACCAGAACCUCACCCGUCCCCAUCCCCAGCUCCAGGAGUGAAGUCCAACAGAUAUCCGACAAGUGGCUGCUGCACUCGGUGCUGAUGCUGGUCCAGUCGUGGGUGGAGCCUCUGGUCUACCUGCAGACCUCCCUCGAUCGCUACGACGCCGCCCCCCAAUCGAUCAUCAACAAGACCAAGUGGGUGUCCGAGAAACUGAUCAGUCUGGAGCAAGGGGUGGUGGUCCUCAUCAAGGAGAUGUUGGACGAGGGCGCGUUGAGCCUGGACCACAGCGAGGAAGCCCUGUUCCAGUACGACGUGCAGCCCCACGUGGUGGAAUCCGUGAUGAAGGACUACGCCUUGCUCCGCUGCUUCAAGAAGGACGCCCACAAAAUGGAGGCCUUCCUCAAGCUCCUCAAGUGUCGACAGGCCGAGCCGCACAGCUGCUCGUGAGAUCCCCCCCCCCGGGGUCGCAGCAUUUCAAUAAGGCCGGCUUUAAAUGAGUUCUUGAGGUUGGAAAGCCUGCGCGCUGGUAGCUGCGACCAUGCCUCGGGCCGUUCAGCCCUGCUCGCCAUGCACUACAUUCUUUAUUGAUUGUUUUUGGAAUAGCUUCACAGGAAAAGAAAAAAAAAAAACUAAGUAGGUGUAAUGCUGUGCCCUUUGUACAGCGUAGUGCAUUUUUAUAUUCCCCCCCCCCCCCCCCGCGCAGUUGUUAUUUUAACCCGGCAAAGGCAACAGAGGGCAAACUCCCGAAAGAUGAUUUGCCCUGUCGAGCUGUCAAAAAAAAAAUCUGCAUAUCCCGCCAUUGAUUUCCAUUUCCUUUUUUUGUUCUUAACCGGAGUUUGUAUUCCUCGCCGGUUUUUUUUCUUUUCAGUGUUUUGAUUAUUUCCACGAGCCCCCAGAGUAUUCAGUGAGACGCUUUCACUUCGGCAUUAGUGAAAUGAAACACUUUCACCGGAGACGGGAGUCAAACUGAGAGCAAUCGCUAUCUUGAAAAAAAUGAAAUAUGAAAUAUGAAGAAAAAAGAAAAACCACACAGACACGUUUUGAUUGGUGCCGCAGAGGAUGAGGGAGACGCAGAGAGAACAAAUAACAGCUAAAAUGGGACUGUACGUGGAUAAAGAAUCAGAUUUGCUGAAUGCUCAUCAAAGAACCAAAACUAUUGCUAAGCCUAAACGUGCCUAAUUUUACCUGCAUGUAAUAUUUACGAUUUUUAACGGAUGAGGGAAUUACAUUUUAAUAGUACGAUUUAAAAAAAAGCCCAAUGUGCCACCCGAACCUUUCUAAUUAACUGCUGUUGAUGUAAGUCGCUAGUGAAGCAAAUGCAGAUUAAAAAAAAGAAAAGAAAAAAAGCAUUGUUUGGAUGUGAUUUAUUUUUGUCUUUGUGAUCUUUGACUUCGUAAGUUAAAAUCUGUUGAAUCAAAUGCCAUUUCCAUGUUUUUAAAUUGUGCCCUUACCACCCCAGUCACAGGAGGGCAGUAGUGCUCUUUCACAAAGGUUACAUUAAUCACUCUAUUGUCUACUCAAACCAAGCUGCCCUUCAUUUUAUUAGCGUGUAUUUACAAACGAUAAGCAAAGAAAACAACGUGCUUGAACUUUCCGUGGGGAGGACUUUUAUUCACAUUUGUUCCUGUCUUUGGUUUAAUUGAGUUACGUAAUUGUGUCGUAGUCGCAGGUUUGAUGUGAAGAAAGAUCUCCUGAUCCGUGGGAUCCCGACAAAGAAAAGGCACCUGCAGCAGUCAUCCCACUUACACUUCAGUCAGCCUUCCAAUUUCAAGCCUAUUUUCUCUUUCCUGUUUAUAUCUACCAACACACUGUGAGACAGGGAGACAAUAAAAGAAGCA